UGGUGCAGGAGUUAACAUGACGCUGGUUGCGGAUUGGCUCGCUCUUGUCCAAUCGGGUGUUGAGGUGACGGUUGCCCGGGCUGUGGAGUGGUGGGGGUGACAUGGCGCAUUGGACCCGCUUUGAGAAGGAUCAGGAGAGGGAUGUGAAGAAGCUGGUGUCCUGUCUGAGCGGCCUGCAGGAUGACAAUGACAAGAACUUCCAGGUGGCCCUGCAGUACGCCUGGUCCAAUUUCAGAUUUCAUCGAUACCUGGAUGUAAGCAGUCAGCAGAUUCAAAGGACUUUGGAUGGGAUGUAUGAAAAGUUUGUGAUUAAAUCUGAUUUGAGUAAAGCAGAGAGCUGGAAGAGGCUGACUGAUGAGUUUUUAAACUUUCCUCUUGAAAACACUGAAGGGACACAGACUAAUGCCCACUAUGCCGUAUUGUCUCUUCUUCUGUGCCUAUCUGACUCUCCGUCUAGAAAUGAUUAUGUUGAAAAACCAAGAAAAAAACAAGCAGAAGAAGAUGAGCCAUUUGAUUGGGGAAAAUACUUAAGGGAAGGUGAAGACUAUGGGUUAAGUCCUGAUGGAGAUACCCCGGAGUGGUCUGAUGUGAGUGAGCAAGAAGAUGAUGAAGAGACACUCAGCAGGGAGGACUCUGGAAUUCAGGUUGAUAGGACACCUCAAGAUGAUGCCGAUAAGAAAAGUGCUCCCCCUGUUGUGUCAUGGAAAGUUGGUGAACCAGAUGCCCGAACCUGGCUGGAACAGCAUGUCGUUCAUCAGUACUGGACCUCAAGAGCAAGUAGAUUUUCACACAGCUUACACUUGCAUUCUAAUCUGGCAGCUGUCUGGGAUCAGCAUUUAUACACUUCAGAUCCGCUAUAUACACAUGAAGAAAAAACAUUUGUUACUGAAACCCAAGUGAUUCGUGAGGCUCUCUGGUUACUUUCAGGUGUGAAAAAACUGUUCAUCUUUCAGUUAAAUGACGGGAAGGUCACUGUGAGGAAUGACAUCAUUGUGACACAUAUGACGCAUAACUGUCUUAGGUCUGUUCUUGAGCAAAUAGCAGCAUAUGGGCAAGUAGUAUUUAGGCUGCAGAAGUUUAUGGAUGAGGUUACAGGUCACUGUUCUGAGAACCCAUUGCCAGGAACUCUACCUACCACCAAAAAAGGUGCUGAGGCUCCAUUCCGAACUUACCAAGCCUUCAUGUGGGCACUGUACAAGUACUUCAUGAGUUUUAAGGAAGAGCUAACAGAGAUUGAGAAAUGCAUAAUUAACAAAGACAAAACUGUCACAUUGGCAAUGGUUGUUGACAAGUUGGCUCCUCGGCUAGCACAGCUGAAAGUGUUGCAUAAGGUUUUCAGCACAGGUAUAGCAGAAGUGCCUCCUGACACCCGAAAUGUCGUGAGAGCCUCUCAUCUUCUUAAUACGCUGUAUAAAGCCAUUUUGGAGUACGACAAUGUAGGAGAGGCAUCUGAACAAACGGUGUCGCUCUUAUUUUUUCUGUGGGUUGAAACUGUGAGACCCUAUUUAGAAAUAGUGGAUGAAUGGAUUGUUCAUGGACACCUUUUCGAUCCAGCAAAGGAAUUCAUUAUUCAGCGAAAUAAAGAUGUUCCAGUGAAUCACCGUGAUUUUUGGUAUGCAACAUACACCUUAUACAGUGUAUCUGAAAAAACAGAGAAUGAAGAUAAAAUGAGUGACAAUGCCAGUGCCAGCUCAGGUAGUGACCAGGCCCCAGCCAGCAGGCAGCACACAAUGGUUUCUUUCCUAAGACCUGUUCUCAAGCAGAUCAUCAUGGCAGGAAAGUCCAUGCAGCUGCUGAAGAAUCUGAAGUGUAAAUCUUCCCAACAGCAAGACUCAAGAGAUGCAGAUAGGAAGAGCUUGUACACAUUGUUCUUGGAAUCUGUGCAAUCUCGUCUCCAGCAUGGGAAAGACUUGGCACCAGACAGCAUUACGGAGCAGCAAGUUAAUAAGCAGAGUCUAAUAAAAAUGCAGUCAAUAGUGGCUAAACACUUAGAACUGAAUGAUGUACACGAUCCACUGCUGGCUAUCAAUUUUGCAAGGUUAUAUCUGGAACAGAGUGACUUCCUAGAGACAUUUACCUGUGAAGAUGUCAGUGUGGAUAGGUCCUCAGAAUCUGUUACUUGCCAGUCAUUUGAACUAACCCUUCGGUCAUGCCUCUACCCACACAUUGACAAGCAGUAUCUGGAGUGCUGUGGAAACCUCAUGAAAACCCUAAAAGAAGAUUAUAAACUGGUAGAAUAUUUGAAGUCAAUGAGAAACUUCUUCCUUCUUGAAGCCGGGGAUACAAUGUAUGACUUUUACACCUCCAUAUUUGAUAAGAUCAGAGAGAAGGAACCAUGGCAGAAUGUUGUUUUUCUGAAUGUACAGCUACAGGAAGCAGUGAGUCAGCGGUACCCAGAGGACAGCGCAAGAUUAUCCAUUUUCUUUGAAAAUGUUGAAUUGGUUAAAAAGAAGCUUCCAGUGAAUACAUUAGAUGGUCUUGUACUGAGUUAUAAGGUACCCUGGCCUGUAGAUAUUGUUAUCAGCUCAGAAUGUCAGAAGAUCUAUAAUCAGAUAUUUUUGUUGUUACUGUUAAUAAAAUGGGCAAAGUACAGCUUGGAUGUCUUACACUUUAAUGAACUGGUGAGUGCAGCUGAGAAGGAACCCCCGAAAGAAGACUUGGGCAGUGAGCAGCAAAUUCUGUCCCAUCUCUUACCAGAAGCCGAGCCAAAACAACAGCAAAUUCAUCGCAUGUUCCUUCUUCGAGUCAAGCUCAUGCAUUUUGUUAACAGUCUGCACAAUUAUAUGAUGACCAGGAUCCUUCACAGUACAGGCCUGGAGUUCCAGCAUCAAGUAGAAGAAGCAAAAGAUCUUGAUCAGCUGAUUAAAAUUCAUUAUAGAUAUCUUUCUACAAUUCAUGACCGCUGCCUUUUAAGGGAAAAGGUGAGCUCUGUAAAAGAAGCAAUAUUGAAAGUGAUGAAUGUUGUUCUGAUGUUUGCUGAUCGCUGGCAUGCUGGUUUAGGCGCUUGGAAGGCAGAAUCUAUUGUGAAGAUGGAAUCUGACUUUACAAACUGCCACAAAUUUCUUGUCAAAGUAUUAAAUAAAGCAGUCUGUAGAGGAUCAUUUCCACACUUGGAGUCUUUGGCUUUAUCACUAAUGGCUGGUAUGGAACAAAGUUAGCACCAGUGCAGACAGAAGACGAUGAAGCCGGCUAAUUUUGU